GCGUGGUAGGUAUUCGAAACAAUAAAUCCAGCAUACUGAAGUGUUCUUAUAGAGAUAGAUAGGUAAUAGGUGUUAGUCUUCGUAAUUCCAUCAGCAAUUCAAUGUUGGCAUUAGGCCGUCUUUCGGGCGAGUUUGUACAGGUAAGCCAGCUGAACCGUACCUAAUUGCGUGAAAGUGUGGUUGUGUUGGUUAGACGGUAGACCUGCAGCCUUAGGUCCUUAGCCGAGCUAGGCGACUCUGAAACCCACCCGUCUAGGGGCUGAAUCCAUUGCCUUGCAGCGAUUGAGAUGACUUUUGGACAAGAAGACUGGCUUUCCAGUCUUCUUGUUUUAUUUUAAUCCAGUUCGUUCGUUUUAAUUCUGCUUUGCCUCUCUGUCCUACCCUCACGCCUUAAUAUCGAGAGCGGCGUCGCGAUGGCGAACGCAGGUUUCCAUCAUGGCCAGUCUGAUCAGCCGGGACUUGAAGUCGUGCAUAAUUACACACAAUACAACAUUGGUCACAUUGGACUCGAAGUAAAACCUGGUACUGGCCUUGAAGUAAACCAACCUUUUCUACCACCGAUAGUAGUCCCGAAUGGACUACAAGACAAAGAGGUAUCACUCGUGGGUGUCAAAGGGAAUGAAGGCAACGAAGCCAAUGAAGCCAAUGCAGCCAAUGCUCUACCCCGGAGGUGGAGUGUAAAGAGGAUUGUACUCAUCGUACUCUGCUGUAUUCUCGUCAUUAUUGGUGCGGUGGUCGGUGGUGUUGUAGGUACUCGACAGAGCCAGGCGUCCACGACAACGAAUGCGAAUGACCAGGGGAGUGCUGCGCAGAGCGAUGUAUACACUGGGCCUUCUCCAGCCGCAAUGACAGGCAGUCCUACAAGCGUGUCAGUAGGCUUAGCACCGACGGCAAUAUCCUGGGGGUAUCCUCACCUAGAAAUAUUCGCCAUGACGAAUAACGUUACCCAAUCCGUGUACCGCAAAUACCGAAAUGUCAACGCGACAUCCGACACGGACUUCGUCCCUUCCGGGAAGGAUAUGGAGCUCGUAGGCGGAGGAAUCAAUUUCAAAGACGCGCCAACGAUCGCCGUGAAUUAUCGGAUAACGGGCCAGAAGAUGAAUAGAACCGAACUUCAUAUAAAUGGCGAAAACUUCGCUUAUAACAAAUGGCAUGAAGCAAAUCAGGUGUGGGACAAUCCCGGUCCUAACGUAUGGAACGUUUUCCAGCGUGUCAAUGUAAUUGGCAGUCCCGCCGAGGUAAAAUACGAUCCGGAGGUGGAAGUCAUGAAAGUUUUCUAUUUGGCCAAAGGUGAUAAUGGGAUCAAUGCCAAUUUUUUUCAAUGGCACCCCCAGGACAAUUGGACCAACCUCAUACCGAUUCCAGGGCCUGACUUGCAACCUUUCACCCCUGCAGUAGUUGCAUGGAACAGGAACGACACACGCCUCGAUAUUUUCGCCGUGUCGAGGGCGAACAGCCACUUAUUACACGCAUCAUGGGAUUCCGAGUCGACAAAUUGGACUAGCUAUGAGGACUUGCGUGGUUUUGUGACAUCGCCUCCAGUGGCUGUUUCGAGAACGCCGGGAAUUAUCGAUGUAUUCGCUCGCGGCGGCGAUGGCGGGCUUUGGCACCUUUCGUACGAUCAUGACAAGAAUAGGAGUUGGACCAACUGGACUCGUAUUAGCAAGGAUAUGACAAUCGAAUCCCAGCCGGACGUCAUCAGCACCAGAUGGGAUAGCAUAGAUGUGUUUGCCCAGGGACGUAAUAUCCUACACAAGCACUACGAUAGCACUCUGAAGACCUGGACACCCAAAGACGAUUUCGACGAAAUAACAACCGAAAAUAGACUCGCGGGCCCCCCUAAAGCUGUGAGCGACGGUGUAAGUGGCAUACAUGUUUUUGCGUAUGACACAAGUAACCAAUUGGUUUGGAAAACAUUGGGUCAGUCGGGUAUUCCGAUAGAACUGGCGAAUGUUCCCACGGUUGCAUAGCCAUUUGAUUAAGCGUGGAUAGUAGGGGAUGAAAUGUACCUAGAUACCCAAAAAAGACGAUAUACCUAAGUAGAAUAGUACCUAAUGUUUAUGGCAAACGACACAUUUUUGUGGUUUCUUGGUCAAGGUGACUCGAUCAGUGCCAAGUUUGAAUAAGUCAAUUAUGCCGAAGGUGGAAUCGCGGAAGUGUUGCUGUCGACUUCAUUCCUAAUCUCAUGUGUACCUGGCGACCAUAGUUACCUAUGUACCGUACCGUAUAUCCAACCAGACAAGAUUUCAUGGGUUUUUCAAUAGAGAUUAAUUAAGUUCAAACAGCAUCCGUACUCGUGGUAUGAAAAUAAGUGUUAGAAGGUUGAGUGAAGAUGAUAGCGCCGAUGCCCACUAAAACAACGCCUGUUUAGCGCAUUGGGGGUACGGCUGAUUGCGAUAACUCGAGGAUAUAAUUCAAAUGAUCGUUUAUUGUUGAAGACAAUAUUUCAUGACAUGCUUAUAAAAAUAUUAUCGAAAUGUUACCUGACAAUUAAAUAA